AUGCACUCGGGCUAUGUCAACAAGUUAUUCUGCCUCUUCGACGCUCGGUCGAUUAAGGACCGGGACGUGGAGGACCAGGACGUGGAGGACCGGGACGUGGAGGACCAGGACGUGGAGGACCGGGACGUGGAGGACCGGGACGUGGGGGACCAGGACGUGGAGGACCGGGACGUGAAGGACCGGGACGUGGAGGACCAGGACGUGGAGGACCGGGACGUGGAGGACCGGGACGUGGGGGACCAGUACGUGGAGGACCGGGACGUGGAGGACCAGGACGUGGAGGACCAGGACGCGGAGGACCGGGACGUGGAGGACCAGGACGUGGAGGACCAGGACGCGGAGGACCGGGACGUGGGGGACCAGUACGUGGAGGACCGGGACGUGGAGGACCAGGACGUGGAGGACCAUUACGUGGAGGACCAGGACGCGGAGGACCGGGACGUGAAGGACCAGGACGUGGAGGACCAGGACGUGGAGGACCGGGACGUGGGGGACCAGUACGUGGAGGACCGGGACGUGGAGGACCAGGACGUGGAGGACCAGGACGCGGAGGACUGGGACGUGGAGGACCAGGACGUGGAGGACCGGGACGUGGAGGACCAGGACAUGGAGGACCGGGACGUGGAGGACCAGGACGUGGAGGACCGGGACGUGGAGGACCGGGACGUGUGGGACCAGUACGUGGAGGACCAGGACGUGGAGGACCGGGACGUGGAGGACCGGGACGUGAAGGACCAGGACGUGGAGGACCAGGACGUGGAGGACCGGGACGUGGAGGACCAGGACGUGGAGGACCGGGACAUGAAGGACCAGGACGUGGAGGACCGGGACGUGGAGGACCAGGACGUGGAGGACCGGGACGUGGAGGACUGGGACGUGGAGGACCGGGACGUGAAGGACCAGGACGUGGAGGACCGGGACGUGGAGGACCGGGACGUGGAGGACCAGGACGUGGAGGACCGGGACGUGGAGGACCAGGACGUGGAGGACCGGGACGUGGAGGACCGGGACGUGAAGGACCAGGACGUGGAGGACCAGGACGUGGAGGACCGGGACGUGGAGGACCAGGACGUGGAGGACCAGGACGUGGAGGACCGGGACAUGAAGGACCAGGACGUGGAGGACCGGGACGUGGAGGACCGGGACGUGAAGGACCAGGACGUGGAGGACCAGGACGUGGAGGACCGGGACAUGAAGGACCAGGACGUGGAGGACCGGGACGUGGAGGACCAGGACGUGGAGGACCAGGACGUGGAGGACCGGGACGUGGAGGACCGGGACGUGGAGGACCAGGACGUGGGGGACCAGGACGUGGAGGACCGGGACGUGGAGGACCAGGACGUGGGGGACCGGGAAGUGGAGGACCAGGACGUGGAGGACCGGGACGUGGAGGACCAGGACGUGGAGGACCGGGACGUGGGGGACCAGGACGUGGAGGACCGGGACGUGGAGGACCGGGACGUGGAGGACCGGGACGUGAAGGACCAGGACGUGGAGGACCGGGACGUGGAGGACCGGGACGUGGAGGACCAGGACGUGGAGGACCGGGACGUGGAGGACCAGGAAGUGGAGGACCGGGACGUGGAGGACCAGGACGUGGAGGACCGGGACGUGGAGGACCGGGACGUGGAGGACCGGGACGUGAAGGACCAGGACGUGGAGGACCGGGACGUGGAGGACCGGGACGUGGAGGACCGGGACGUGGAGGACCGGGACGUGGAGGACCGGGACGUGGAGGACCGGGACGUGAAGGACCAGGACGUGGAGGACCAGGACGUGGGGGACCGGGACGUGGAGGACCGGGACGUGGAGGACCGGGACGUGGAGGACCGGGACGUGGAGGACCAGGACGUGGAGGACCGGGACGUGGAGGACCAGGACGUGGAGGACCAGGACGUGGAGGACCGGGACGUGGAGGACCGGGACGUGGAGGACCUGGACGUGGGGGACCAGGACGUGGAGGACCAGGACGUGGAGGACCGGGACGUGGAGGACCAGGACGUAGGGGACCAGGACGUGGAGGACCGGGACGUGGAGGACCAGGACGUGGAGGACCGGGACGUGGAGGACCAGGACGUGGAGGACCAGGACGUGGGGGACCGGGACGUGGAGGACCAGGACGUGGGGGACCGGGACGUGGAGGACCAGGACGUGGAGGACCAGGACGUGGAGGACCAGGACGUGGAGGACCGGGACGUGGAGGACCAGGACGUGGAGGACCGGGACGUGGGGGACCGGGACGUGGAGGACCGGGACGUGGAGGACCAGGACGUGGAGGACCAGGACGUGGGGGACCGGGACGUGGAGGACCAGGACGUGGAGGACCAGGACGUGGGGGACCGGGACGUGGAGGACCAGGACGUGGAGGACCGGGACGUGGAGGACCGGGACGUGGGGGACCAGGACGUGGAGGACCAGGACGCGGAGGACCGGGACGCGGAGGACCGGGACGUGGAGGACCGGGACGUAGGGGACCAGGACUUGGAGGACCAGGACGCGAAAGACCUGGACGUGGAGGACCGGGACGUGGAGGACCGGGACGUGGAGGACCAGUACGCGGAGGACCGGGACGUGGAGGACCGGGACGUGGAGGACCGGGACGUAGGGGACCAGGACUUGGAGGACCAGGACGCGGAGGACCUGGACGUGGAGAACCGGGACGUGGAGGACCGGGACGUGGAGGACCGUUUCCACAACAUUCACCUCACUACAACACGCUGCAAAAGAAGGAAUAAAAAUCUGUCUGUUUAA